UCGUGAUGUGACGUCGUACAGGAACAUGGCGCUUUGGUGGGUAGCCGUUUCAUGACAGUCGGGGCUCUUGUCUAAUUCUCUUUACCUGUGUUAAUUGAAAUAACACGAAGCUAUAGACAUCAAAUAUGAGACGUGGUCAAGGCCGAGCGCUCAGCUGCUUUCCAUGGACACCGGAGCACUGACGUCUCGUCGCUGUGUCUGCUGUCGUCAGCUGAAACUGUUAGCAUUGGCAUGCUAGCUGAAGCUAGUUAGCUGUUGUGACAGACGACGAUUCCAAAUAGCUGGCUAACCUUGUGUUAGCUAAGCCAGGAGGAGGAUGAGGAGCCGCCGCGGAGACGUGUUGUUGCUGGCUGGUGGGAUUCUCCUGUCGGCGGUUCGGCUGUCGGAAGCUGCCCCUCUUCAAUAUCCCCACGCCUCAGGUGAAAGCAAAGAGAACACGCUGCCCGUUUCUGUCUCCCUGUCCCUGCUGGUGUCGCUGACGGCACUUUUGGCCUUGGUGGUGUUGCUAGUGAACUGUGUGACCUGCUGCAAGGAGCGGGAGCUCAACUUCAAGGAGUUUGAGGACCACUUUGACGAUGAGAUUGACUUCACUCCACCGGCAGAGGACACGCCUUCUAUGCAGUCCCCAGCCGAGGUGUACACCCUCGCUGUGUCCCCUGUGGCCCUGCCUGGACCCCCACACCUCCAACCUCCUGUCUGUGUCACAGAGGGAUCCACCGGCUUCCAGGUAGCGCGUCACAGUCUCAGUUAUAUCCAAGAGAUUGGCAACGGCUGGUUUGGUCAGGUCCUUCUGAGUGAAAUCUACACUGAUCCAGGAGGAGCCAGGGUGGUGGUGAAGGAGUUAAAAGCUAAUGCAAGUGCCAAGGAGCAGAAUGACUUCCUGCAGCAGGGGGAUCCAUACAGAGUGCUGCAGCACCAGAACAUCCUCCAAUGCCUGGGCCAGUGUGUUGAGGCCGUCCCCUUCUUACUUGUCUUUGAGUACUGUGAAAUGGGGGAUCUGCGGGGCUAUCUGUCUCAGCAGGACUGGCUGUUCAGAAAUGCUGAGUUGCUGCAGCUGCAGAGGAUGGCCUGUGAGAUCGCUGCUGGUGUCACUCACCUUCACAAACACAACUUCCUGCACAGUGAUUUGGCUCUGAGGAACUGCUACCUCACUGGAGAUCUUACUGUCAAAGUGGGAGACUAUGGAAUCGGACCCUACAGAUACAAAGAGGAUUACAUCAUCACAGAGGAUGAUGUGUUUGCACCCCUCCGCUGGUUGGCUCCUGAGCUGGUGGGCGAGCGCCACGGGGGAGUGAUCACUAUGGAGCAGACCAAGCCCAGCAAUGUGUGGGCCUUGGGAGUCACGUUGUGGGAGCUCUUUGAGAACACUGUCCAGCCGUACCCACAUCUUACUGACCGGGAGGUUCUCAACCAUGUGAUCAAGGAUCAACAAGUCAAACUCUUUAAGUCCCAGCUGGAGCUCCCUUAUUCCGACAGAUGGCAUGAGGUCCUGCAGUUCUGCUGGCUGUCUCCAGACAAGCGGGCCACAGCAGAGGAAGUGCACCGUUUGCUUAUCUACCUGCGCAUGCAAGGCCAGAAGGACGUCGAAGAAGACUUCGAUCAACGCUGGGAUGCCCUCAAGCCGAACCCUUCCACGCGGCAGACCACCGUUAGCCACUCGUCGUACCCGAUCUUGGAACAGUUUGCCGACGACGCCCUGCGACAAGAGAUCGACGAAGUUCUUACCGUCACGGAAACGAGCAAAGGCCUCAGCUUUGAGUAUGUUUGGGAGGCAGCCAAGCACGACCACUACGAAGGCAGCCACGGGCGCUCGGGCAUGGACACGACGUUGAACUAUCACAGCAUGUUCUUUCCCGUCUCCAGUGAAGACAUCCAGGCCCAUUUCCCUGAUCCGGUUGCCGGAGCAGCGGGCACAAAAAGUGGCAGCGCUCCUUCAGGAAUUCCUGGAAUUCUACCAGUGUUUGAUGUACAGAAGCCAUCCAAUGGCAAUGAAUACUACAUCCAACUAGAAGAACCAGGGGAGAGCAAUGUUGGGGAGGAUAGGAAUAGAGGGCCAGACAUGGACUUCAGUUCAGGCCGGCAAGACUUUGUUGUCCUCCAAGAUGUCCGUCUGGAUGAGUCGAGCACCGAUGCUGAUUUCUUCCACCAAAGUAUUGACUCCAAGGAUUCCUAUUUACCAGACAGCCAUAUCUGGUCGUCUCUUGAAAACGACAGUCCGUACCACGCCAACAUUUUCACUGACUGGGUGUCCAAACAAGAGGACUCUCCUUCCUGGAGACAGAGUUUUAUGGAGCUUCCAGAGCGCAAUGGGAACCCUUUCCUCGAAGGUGCACCUUUAGACGUCCAGGAGGUGGAUAUCGAUAAGAGCAAUGGGGAUUCCUUUUUCGGGGACUGUUCAGAAGCCUCUUACAUGGCGGGUUCUGUGCAAGAGGGGGAGACCACCGAUGAGAAGAGGCUAUCUGAUAACUUUAUGUUUCUCAAAGACCGCAGCCUGAUGAAAGACAGAUCCGGUUUCUCUAGUCCUCAGGAGAACUUUCUUCUCCCUGGUCGAUCCCACGAACCAGAGGAACGGUUCAAAAUGAGUUCUUGGGACAACAUUGAGAAUUUAGGUGGCUUAAUCUCAGCAGACAAUUAUUUAAAACCUUCAGCAAGGAGCACAUCCUCAAGACAGGAACUUUCCGACUCUCCCAGUAUCGGCUCGUGGGAGCUAUGUCCAUCGCUGGUUGAAAAUAAAACACUGGUGCCUUUCAUUACGGUGGACACAGAAGAGAACGCGAGCAACCAGCUGCCAGUUAGAAAUAGUUCUUCCACAGAAGACCUCGGUCUGAUGCAAUCCUCUGACCGAGGUGCCGACUCCGGUUUUGAUUCUACCUCGAAGAGGUUUGAUGUGAUCGUCGGUCAAACUGACGGCCACGCCCCUGCAAUCUCUGAAAGUGCCACUACAGACUCAUUGUGCACAGAUGCCAAAAUCCCCAGCCUUGAAGGAGACCUUAGAACCUCUCAGAAUAAUGUUCCGCUCAUAGAAAGUCAAACGUCUGAAAACCUGCAGGUCCAAGCGUCGUCCUCGGACAACGGACACAGUGAAGACGUCACGAGCAACGAUCUGCUGAGUGAGCUGAUUGAGGACGCAGAUACCGAACUGGAAAGCGCUCUUUCUGACCACGAAGAGUCCUUCAUGGACACGGAUGCACAUCCUGUUGUCAGAUCCUCUCUGCUGGUCUCUCGGUCUCUGGACCAGGUCAGCCAGGACAGUUUGCUGGAGGACAGCAUGUCCACCACUCUUCCAACUGUAGAUAAUUCAGCCGAGACCCCCGACUCUUUAGACUCUCUCGACAUCCACAGGCUCGGCGAGCAAGGAGACGAGCUGAACGCUCAAACAGCCCAACACAAACUCCAGCCUCCCUACAAAAUAUCCGACAGUGGGUACGAGACGGAGAACCUGGAGUCUCCAGAGUGGAACUCUCAGCCGAAUGUUAAAGACGAUUCUCCUGUCAAAAAUGGCUUGAGUGUGGCCGAAGAAGAAGAAGAGGAGGAGGAGGAGGAGGAGGAGGAGACGGGGGAGCUCACAGCUGCGAAAAAUCUGGUUACACCAGAAAUCAUCGUCUCUGAAGUCGAGGGUGUGCUGGAUUCUCCCAGCGAGGAGCAGCAAGCAGCUCCUGAAGCUCCUGCGGAGGAGGAGCCCUCCAUGGCCAGUAACUACAGAGACUCCGCCUAUUUCUCAGACAAUGAAUCGGAACCCGAGAAGAAGUCUGAAGAAUCGGUCGCGGGAGGUUCGGGGGAAGUCACGUGUCUGAGGAACUCGACUGAGGUGUCCGGCGAGGCCGCCGGAGGUCCGACACUGGAGGUCAACGUGGAGAGGGACGCCGAUUCUUUGGUUACCCGGCGCGAAUCUUCCGUAGCACAAACUGAUGAAGCGCCGCAUGCGGGGCGGGGCGUGUUCUCGGAUGCGGAUUCCGAUGUCGCAGGACGGCGCGAGGCGGAGGCGACGACGUCUCCCAACGGUCCCAAUGAAGACGUAAACAAACCCGAGUCGCUCCAUGAUGUCACACUUCCUGAUCAAUCGGAGGAGCGAGAAACCUCCACUCGACUCCUCCCCCCGCUUCCCGUUGCCGCCCCUCCUCAGCCAGCGCCGGAGAGCUCGGGUCACGCCAAGCUCACCAGGACCUACGCGAGCGACGGACAUAAAAUCAAAGAGCCGGGCAUGGAGGGGCGUUUCCUGGGGAGGCGCGACGACGACGAGGAUGACGUAGACGCCGACGAGGAGGACGAGAACAGCGACGACUCGGACGACGACGCCCGCGGGUACCGGCUCCACAGCUCCAGUUCGGAGAGCGAGGACGAGACGGAGCACACGGUGCCGCUCGUCGUCUCCGAUGACAGCCGCGCCAAGAGCCUGAAGAGCUCGUUGAAACCCACCGCGCUCAACGGCCAGGCGUCCUCGGCCCCUGCGAGCCGCAACUCUGAUCACUCCAGACGAGCCGUGUCCUUCUUCGACGACGUCACCGUCUACCUGUUUGACCAGGAGACCCCCACCAAGGAGCUGGGUGACCACUCCUCAGGCUCACACAAUCGGGCUCCAGAGUUCAGCAGCCCAGUGCCCGGUGCCAGCUACCUGCACCGGUUCAACUCUGAAAGCUCCACUGAUGAAGAGGGUGGUGGUUUUGAGUGGGAUGACGAUUUCUCCCUGACGCCCGCCUUCCCGGCCAAGACGGACAAAGGCCCCGUAUCCAAGACGAUGUCGCGCUUCUCCUCCUCGCCGCCCGCGGCGGGCCGCGUGCUCGAGCCCAGCUGGUCCGGCUCCUCAAACUACUCCCGUUUCUCCAUCUCUCCGGCCAGCAUCGCCAGCUUCUCCCUGACGCAUCUCACCGACUCUGACAUCGAACAAGGAGGCAAGUGGCACCAGACCUGCUCGGGGAUUUACACGGGCUUAAAGGAACAGUCCCACAUUGUGGGCGUAUGCCAGGAGUUCGAUAAGAAGAUGGACACCACUCCCAUCUGUGUAGAGUUGAUAUAAAGCUAUGACUCUGAGAAGGUUAGCUUAGCAUAGGCUACAGGGACCAACGGCAUACAAAGAAAUGGCCCGUCCCGUAACUCGCUGUCAUUCCACAAGAUGUUAUUUUUACUUUUUCACAAAUAUAAUUAACGUGAUCUACGGUGUUAGUUAGUUAACUAGUUUUAGACGUGGAUUUAAUUUGCCUUUUGGACAAACAUAACUAGCUUGUUCCAGUCUAAGCUAAAAUACAAAUAAUUAUAAAAUGUCAAACUAUUUCUUUAAAACUAGUUAAUUUUCAUUGCAUUUUUAAUCUCUUCAUAUACCUUUCUUGGUGAAAAUGUAUGAAGAUAUUAUUUAAUUCGACUAUAUUACAUCAAUGUAUAUCAAUAUUCUGUCCCAAGCUCAUGUUCCCGUUUGAGUCGUAUUUAAAGUCUCCUCCUCCUCUUCUUGUGUUCCACCUCAGGAAGCAGUGAAGAUGGAGAGAAGGACUAGUGAUGUCUCACCAUCACACCUUUGAAAAAUGAACCUAAACUCGCACUUUUUAACAAUGGAGACCAGCUGAAUACGGACGUGUGAUGCGGUGUGUGGGGCUCGCCGUGGAUGCAGAACUCGGGCAGAGCGGCUCCUUUCCUACGCCGAGAUGUCCACCAGAACAACGACUCUCGGCCAAUCAGACGGCCGUGGCCCCGCCCCCGCCUGAGCCGCAUCACCUCUCCGGCUGCAUCGUCAGUGUGUGGUUUGAAUCCAGUGCAAUUCCACUUGGGGGAGGAAGAAAAAGAAAAAAAGAGUUUCUAAAUGUUUGCUUUAAAGACUUUAUCAUGCGCAUUCCAGGUGUUUGGCUGCUUCUUUUUGUCGUGUGUCCAAGUGCACUCAUUCUCCAGGACUUUCACCAAAAAAAGAAGAAGAAAAAAAGAGACUUUUUAUGCUCUGAAUUCAACACACUGGGCUGGCAACACUCGUCACUACAGCCAAAUAGGAAUAAGCUCUUUGAUUUCAUUCAGACCUAAAACUGAAGACGUUAAUUCAUUUUGCUCUUUCGUGUUGUGCGAUUAUUUUUCAGAGGUUGCCUCUUCUGGAAAAAUGAUUGUUUUUUUUCGUAACCUCAUCAGGUGUUUUAUGUGUCACACUCUCCUGAUUGGAGAGAAGCUGUGUGUGGUAUCCUUCUGUACAGCAUUUGAAGAAGAAGGGUUUAAAUGUACCGUAUCUAGAAGAAAAACAACCCUGAUCCCCAGACGUGAAACACUGAGUGUUCCUUUAUUUAUGCUUUAAAGUAACGUUGCAGUGAGUAGUUAUGUUGUUGAGACGGCCCAGGAGGAACGGUUGGCGGUAUUGGACGAGGGUCGACGUGUCGAUCCUCACACGGUCGAUUCAAGUGAAAUACAGAAACACGAAAGACAAGUUAUUCAUUUUGUAACGCUUCAUUUUAUGCUCUGAAAUGUGCCGGACGUUGCUCUGAUGGUUUGGACUACUUGUCACCGGGUCUUUCUCGCGGUGCCUGUGAUGCUGUAAAGACGCAUUUACGAUCACUGCUGACGAAUCACACGCUUCGUGAGAUUGUAAAAAAAAAGAAGAAGAAAAGAAAAGUGUGAUUUUAUUUUUAAAUGUCAGAAUGAAGAAAAGUUGAUGAGCCGUUUGUCAACAAAUGUGCAAUGAAUUUAGUUAAUUAGUUGAAAUUUGAGUUUGUAAGACGACGCGGCGGCAUUUCUUCAGUAAAGUGCAGAGGGACGUAAAGCUUCACCACUAGAACAAACGGCACUGCUGCUUUCACCGUGUCACGGACAGUUUUCUGCCUUUUUUUAUUUAAUUUUCUUAUUUAAAUCUUUUUUUAAAACUUUGUGUCAAACUUAAUUAACCGGUUCACAUGGCAUUUUCUUCCAUUCAGGACCCCUCGUCCUGUUGCAUUGUGUGUGUGAGAGCAUAAUGCAAACUGUUAUGGAUCCAGAUAUGCUUUCCCUCCAGGGUUUUCAUGUACAGCUAUAAAACAACGACCUGUAGGUUCUGCAGUUCCUGUCUGGUGGCGUCGCCGCUGACCGGCUGCACUUCCUGUCGGCUCGCGUCCAUCUCCACACAGAGGACACUGCAUUGUAGAUAAUGUGAACCUCUGUUAAAACCAGCAGCCUGUGUUUCAGUGAAACUUGAACAUUUAUUUAAGAAAAUCUUGUUUUUAUUUGACUACAGUAUACAUUUGCUUAAUCUUGCACAUUUGAGAAAUGUAACUUAAUGUUGAACUGUACUGAUGUGUGUAAAUGUAAUUUUUAUUUGAUUUUGUGUCUGUAAAUGGGAAAUGAUGUAAGUCGAGUUGUAGGUAUGAGGUUUCAUUUUGUAACGUAAAGCUGAGUUGAUCAGAGGAACAUAUCACAGGCGUCGGCUCAAAGCAGUUAAAUUAAGACACAAAAGCAGAUGUGAAUUCAUUGUCCUUUAAACUUGUAGAUUUCAAAAAUAUUUUUACUUCAUAUUUAUCAUGCUUAGUGUAAUUGAAUGAAAUGUUUAUAAUUACAUUGUUUAUUAUGAAAAUAAAUUCAAAUGAACUUCUAA